UUAUGAGUUGAAACGGUUUCUCCGUCGGGUCUUCAGACAGUGCGGCGGCACUGUAGUUAGAUCGAGGAGGCUAGUAGUAUAAAUAACUUCAUAAUAUGGACCCAAAGAAGCAACAAAAAGAUCAGACUAGAAAUUUCACUGAAUUAGGACAAGAUUCGAGUCUUGACAUGAACUUCUAUGACUUUAAAGGUGGCCAAAAUUCAUUUCUAUCUCAACAGACCUUGGGCUAUGACACAGACUCUGCCUGCAGUUCUGAUUUAGAUCGGAAUAUGGGCCUGCAAGUAGUGCCGAGUUUUGACGACGAUGUCUUCGCCGACUCUUUCUUUUCACACAUUGAUUACGAACACAUCGGUUUCCACCAAAACAACGACAGUGCUACUACUUAUCAACCUGAGGAAAAUCUUGGAAAACUUGGUGAAAGUUUAGCUUGUUUGCCAGAAAAGGAAGAAAGAAUCGAUAGUAUCUCGGCAGAGAUAAAUACAGAGGAAAAUGCUACAGGUCCAGAGAGACGGCAUUCAGAUACAGAUAGUCUUGAUGUUUACUUGAAACCUUGUGUUAUUACUCCAACUAAAGUGGAAGACUUGUACAGUACAUUAGAAAGCCAAAACAAUAUAAUCUUUCAAUUUCCUCCGGAGAAAAUGACAACUCCGCUGGAAUGUUCAGAAUCCAAUGUACAAGCAAAUCAAGAAAACGAAGGACUCGAUGAUUCAAACGCAUUUGAAAUUCAACUUUGUAGCUUGAGUCAUCACGAAGGUUUGAAUAUUGAAUCAGGGAACGACAGGAAUUUAAAUCCAUACCAUAGCAACGAUUUGUUUGAACAAAAAUGUCAUUGUUUUUUGAAUACGAACAUGGGAUUGAGUCAUCGUCUAGCUAGCCAUCACUUAGAACCAGAAUCUCGAAUACAGACAAACAACGAUAGCCCUAGCAAUAUACCAUCUAUUUUAUCAAAUACAACUGAGUUUCAAAAACCGAGCGACUACUCUGAAAGCAGUUCUUUAAACGAAUCUUCUUUCCCGCCAUUUUUGCUCGAAUUGUCAAACCAGAGAUGUUUCCCGCUAAAAGAAGCACGUGGAAAACCAGCCAAUAUUUGUCAAAACAUUCCUAAUGGAAGCAUUUCUUUGAACUGCGAUAAAAAAGAUUAUUUACAUACGGAAAACAAAGACAAUUCAAGCGAUAAGAGAGAGGCGAUCAAAGAAGAACCGCAAGGAAAACUGAGCACAGCUAUCAACGUGUUUAGGGAAGACAGUAAAACUAUUCCUCAUCAUGUUCAAAAUCAAGAACGAACAGCCAACACUAAAAACGAUGAAAAACAAGCAGAACCGAGAAAAUUUGAUAACCAAAACUUCAAACAUUUAUUAAGCCAUUCGGAGACUUUAAAAAAAGAAAGUUGCGUAAAUAUUUCAUUAUUCGAGAAGAAUUACAUGGAAAGUGAUGUAGAAAUGUCAAGCGAGGUACGUAAAAUAGCUACCAGGGGAAAAACACAUCACGAUACGAGAAAUAUUCACAACGACACUGAGAAACAAAGGAGGGAUGACAUGAAGACUCGUUUUGAAAACCUACGGCAAGUUAUCCCCAAAAUCGAAAAUGUAGAAAAAACACCAAAAGUACAAAUCUUGAAGCAAGCUUGGAAAUAUAUCACAUAUUUAGAACAAGAGGAACAAACCCUUGAAAUAAUCAAGACUAGAGAAAAGGAAUACAACCAAAAAUUAUUGAAGAGGUUACAAAAUAUUGUCAAAGGAAAAACGACGUCAACCUAUAUAGGAUAACAUACAGAAUUAAAAUUUAUAUAUUUGUAAUUAUAUAAACACUUACUCAAAAGCCUUUGCAAUUGGUGCCAGUGUACUUGUGACGAUAUUUCCGGUUCGAAAUGCUAUAUAUUAUGAUCUAAGAUAAAAAAAUUGACAUAAAUAUCCUUUUUUGAAGAAAAAGAAAUAAAAAUCUUCUGAUAGAACUACUUUUAA